AUGGCUGAUGCUGUGUUCUCUGUGAUGCUCCUGAUGAGUUUCUCACUUAACGCUGUCUCCUACGCUCAGGAUCUGACAGACAUAUCUUGCCCAGAUUCCCAGGAGGCAUUUGACGGCUCCUGUUAUGAACUGGUGGCUCUGCAGCGUCCCUUUCUGAACGCUGAGAGUUGGUGUGAACGAGGUGGAGGGCACUUGGCCUUCAUCCUCAACGAUGAAACACAGCAGUUCCUUCAGAAGCACUUGGACCCCGGAAAGGACUGGUGGCUUGGACUCGCACCCGCAGCGCCAAACCUCACACUCGACUCUACUGCCGGCAAUGAAAGCUCUCUCUCCUGGCUUGAUGGCUCCGACAUCAGCUAUAACAACUGGGUGACAAACCCUCAUGCAGACUCGGCCUGCGGACAUGUACUACGAAACUCAGGAUUCCAGUGGGAAGCCAAAGUUAACUGUAGUCAGGAUCUAAACUUCAUCUGCCAGUUUGAUUCUGGGAGAUCUAUUGCGUGUGAUGGACUAAACGCCACUUUGCAAUGUGGCUCAGGUCAGGUAAUAGAGAUAGACGACAGCUUCUAUGGCCGUAAGACAAUUCACUACUGCAAAUCUAAAGAAACCUUGUCGCCUGCAUCUUCCAAAGAGGAUUGUAGCUGGAUAGACGUUGUGGAUCCAGUGAAAGGUCAUUGUCAUGGACUACAGGCUUGCCAGGCUAUAGCAGACGUAGGGACUUUCGGGGAACCCUGUCCUGAACAGGGAAGUUAUUUGUCGGUGGAAUACCAUUGCAAAGAUGGCCUCAACUUGUUAAUGAGCAAGCUGGCUGCUGUCUCCGACAACGUCAAUAUCACGGUGAAGUGGCUCCUUCAUCCAUUCGAGGGGAAUCUGACUUGCACCCUAAAUGCAGGAGAUGGACACAACAUUGACUCCUACACUCCUGAAGAAGUGGACAGUAGUGUUAUGCACAAAUACAGCAAGCCGGGGGUUUUCACGGUGGGGGUGGAGUGUACCACCAGCGACUGGCAUGUCACUGCUCAGCGAGUCAUCACCAUUCAGGAGUCCGUUGGUGAGUUUGGUGUCAUCACCUGCUACAGCCAAAACCUGUCCACAGAAGGUACUGCAUGCCAAGCUCUCUACGGGAGACCGCUUCAACUCCACGUCGUGUUAGAAGCCGGCACAAAUGUGAAUUUGGAGAUCCAGAGUCGGGGGACAGUGUUGGCAAAUUUCUCCUCGGUUGAAGGGGCGAUGGGACACAACAUCACAGUGAGUGCAGAGGUGACCGAGCAGCUCGAGCCCGGUUGCCAUGACGUCACUCUGCACGCUUCUAACGCAGUGACGCCCGCGGGGGUGUCCACAGAGCUGCGUCUGUGUCUGGUGGAGCCCGUGGACGGGCUCAAGGCCUCGGCCGUGGCCGAGGAAGACGCGUGUCCACUGGACACCUCAGACCUGGCCCUCAGUGUUUCCCUGGAGAGGGGGGCCCCUGCAGAGCUCCUCUUCUCCCUCGCCUCACCCUGGGAUAACCGGACGGAAACCAGGGAGAUGCUGAAUGCUAGUUUACAAGAUUAUCAUUUCUCAGACCCAAUCAGAGCACUUAGAGAAGUGACUAUAAAAGCCACGAAUUUGUUUUCUGCUGCGGAAGUUGACGUGGACCUUCGCAGCUUGAUCAAAGCGUGCAGGAAUAAUUCUGAUUGCUCGGCGGAUGACGACAGAGGCACUUAUCAGCUAGAGAUCAGUGCUACUCCGGAUCCUGCAGUGGACCAUGCUCAGAGUGUCCGACUCACAGGCACUGGAGCAGAUGCACUGCUAUCCAAACAAGGAAUGGCAUUUAAGUGGAGUUGUGAUGGAAAUUGCAGAUGCAAAGAUGUCUCACGUUUCAAAGGUCGUAUUAUCAGAAAGCACUGCCUUCCCAAUCCAUUUGAGAUGUUAAAAUACACUUUCACUGUGAAGAGGAAGACAUGGUUUAGAAACUGUGUUGUUACCUCUGCAUCCAAGUGCAUCACUGUUACACCAAAGGAAUUCACAGAUGUUACUAUUAGUUGUCCCGAUUGUGCAUCCAUAGAUGUGGACAAGCCUGUAGAGCUCAGUCUGACUUGUGUAGGAACCUGCCCAGAGGUUGUGUGGAACAUUGAGGACCCAAAGGCCCCAACGGGUGAGCUCCAAGACUGCUAUACCAGAGCAUCAAGGAGGCCAUUGAUAGAGACACAGGAUGGUAACACUAGCUACACAGUGCAUAGCCAACGUUUGAACGAGGCAAAGGACGCAUUCCGCAACAUCACUGUUAUUGCCUAUGGUAAGACGGACCCAGGCUUUGCCAUGUAUACUUUCCCAAUACUGAGUGUUGCGCCGACGGCGGCCUCUUCAACGACCACCUCACAAAUGACCAGCGUAGCAGCCCCCGACCCCAGCCCUUCCUGUGUCAUAUCCCCACUGUCAGGGACCGUGCUCGAUACGUUCGACAUCUCCUGCAAAACCAGUUUCCCCUGCACUGCAAACAAUUGUCUUUAUUGCCUGAAAACAAAGCAAGGGCAACAACUCAGAUGCAGCGACUCAGAUGAACUGAAGUCUGUCUCCCUACCCCUCGGAGAUAAGAACAAUAACUACAGUUUGACAAUGGUGGUGACUGUGAAAAAUGGAGAUAAGGACAACGACAUGACAAUCACCACUCAGGUACGGAAGAGUGAUACCGCCUCUUCGGUGGACUCUCUUCAGGCUGCCGUCGCGGGUAAUAUAGCUCAGCUGGAGGCGCAGGGUCUUCUGACAGGCGCAGUCCUUGGCCAAAUGUUCUCCUCUAUCUCUGACAUGCUCAAUGCGGACGCCACUGACGAUCAGAAGGGUGCAAGACUAAAGCUAAGGGAGCAGAUGCUGAGCACAAUGACAUCUGUGCUGUUGGAUUCUCCAAGCAACAGCUCCCAGGAAGUGUAUGUGACAGCCAAAGCAGUGGCAGGCCUCACCAAAAUAUCUGAUGAGCUCAGUCCUUCAGCCCAGGUUGAGGCCAGUUCUCUUUUGGCAGACCUCAGUUCGUCCCUCCUCUCUAUUAACGUUUAUCCACAAGAUGGUGAUGAAGAGGAGGUUUUGGAAGCGGCCACACCAAUAGUUGAAGCAGUCAGCAAUAUUUUGAAUGUUUCACCAAAUAAAAUCGUUUCCGAUAUUCUUCUCACAGGAAUGAACAAUGUCCAGAGUGCAUUGUUAAAUGGCAAAGAAAUAAACGAAGGACCGGUCAUCAUUAGCUCUGGUCACAUCAGUCUGUAUGUCAACAGAGUGUCUCCAAAAAAUAUACAGAUGCAGAGUAUCGCUUCCAAUGAGAAGAGCUCCUCGCAAUUUAUCUUCCCCUUGCUACCUGUCGGUUUGCUCUCUCCAGAGGAGCCUGUGGAUGUUAGAAUGAUGAGUUUUGAGAGGAAUCCUUAUCCUGGCGAAGAAGCCAACAUCACUGGCACCGUGGGAUCGGUCUCCCUCACUAAAUUAGAUGGCACAAUUAUCCCUGUGGAGAACUUGCCCAACGAGAUAGAGAUUAUCCUGCCCAGACUGGAGGAAGAACAGCAGAUCAGUACCCUUCUGGACCUGGGCAACUUCAGCACCUUAAUGAUUGAUGUGCCCUCACCAGAAGUGACCCUGGUACUUAGAAUUAAGCCUUCUGAAAACAUCAGUUUCAAACUCCUUUUGGGAUUCGGCGGCUAUCCCAGUGAAGAAGACCAUGUAGCUCAGAUCCAGAUGCCCCUAGAGGGUUCCCCAGAAGAGGAAUCAUACAUCUGGGUGCUGGGGCCAGAAGAAAGAAAAGGACAUGUGGGAUUGCACUACCUCGUGGUCAAACCCAUUGUGGGGGCUGGGGUGACAUCCAUCAACGCCACAGUAUCUGUCUCUUCCAUUGCUGCCCAGUGCAAGUUUUGGAAUGACAGUACAUCAGCCUGGAGUGAAAAUGGCUGCAGGGUUGGUCCGCUCACCACAUCGUUGGUCACCCAGUGCCUCUGUAACCAUUUGACCUUGUUUGGAAGCUCUUUCUUUGUCAUGCCUAACAUGGUGGACGUGUCACGGACCGCAGAACUUUUUGCCACGUUCACCACCAAUCCUGUAGUGGUGUGUUUCGUGGGGGCCAUCUUUGUUGUGUAUCUCCUCGUAGCUAUUUGGGCCCGCAGGAAAGACAUUCAGGAUUUAGCUAAGGUGAAGAUAACAGUACUUGAUGACAAUGACCCGUUUGCUGAGUAUCGCUACAUGUUGACUGUAAACACUGGGCACCGCCGGGGCGCAUCCACAUCCUCUCAGGUGGCAGUUACCCUGCAGGGUGAGGAGGGAGAGAGUGAGCCCCACCACCUCACAGACUCGGAGAAGCCCGUGUUUGAGAGGGGGGGCAUGGACAUGUUCCUGUUGACCACCCCCUUUUCCAUCGGGGAGCUUCAGAGCAUCAGGGUCUGGCAUGAUAACUCGGGGGAACACCCUGCUUGGUAUAUCAACAAAGUGAUGGUGCAAGAUCUGGAGACGGGCCAAAAGUGGCAUUUCUUGUGUAACUCAUGGCUGUCCAUAGAUAUGGGAGAGUGUACUCUCGACAAAGUUUUCCCAGUGGCAACAGAAAUGGACUUGAAGAAAUUCAGCAAUCUGUUCUUCAUGAAGACUGCCAAGGAUUUCCGUGACGGUCACAUUUGGUUCUCUGUGAUUAGCCGACCACCCUGCAGCACGUUCACACGCGUCCAGCGAGUCUCCUGCUGUUUUUCCCUACUGUUGUGCACCAUGCUCACUAGCAUCAUGUUUUGGGGCAUUCCUACAGAUCCAUCGGAGCAAACGAUGGACCUCGGUCACAUUGAAUUCACAUGGCAACAAGUUAUGAUAGGAUUCCAGAGUUCAAUCAUUAUGUUUCCAAUCAACGUCCUCAUCGUGAGCAUCUUCCGAAACACUCGUCCGCGACAGAGGACCGCCCAGACAGAUGCCUCCAAGCAGGGGAAGUCUGGGGGAAGAGUGGGCCCCUCGCAAACCUCCCCGCAGAAGCAGCUCAAGGACAUCUCACCCGACACUGUGAUGAAGGACAUUAAGAGAAUCGCUCAGUCGCUCUCCAAAGCAAUGAAAAGCCCACUGCCUGCGCUGGAGCUGAGGAGCGGUCAGCCAGCGGACAUCAACACACUGCUGUCUUUGGUGGAGGACAUCAUUAGGAAGCAAAAUCGAGUGGGGGGAGAAUUCUAUACUGAUGCGUCUAAAAAGGAGGCCUCAAUGAUUCUCACUUUAGGGGCUGUGAAUCUACAAGAAACCAACCUGUGUGGGAGCCCUGAGAAAACCGCGGAUGGCGUCCAGAAAAUGAGCAGCAACAGCCAGUAUCUGUACAGGCAGCUACGUCACGUGGAGAAGGAGCUGUGCCUGCUGGGAGCGUCCCGUUUCCCGGACCCCGGCGGCUACAGCAGGGCAGUGCAACAGGUCCAGGGUAUGAAGGGUCUGCUGGAGUACCACCUGCCCUCCUCUAGCCAGCCGCCGUGUCCCUCCAGCCCGGAGGAGAGCCUGCACGGGGACGGCGGCGCCAAGGGAAAGUGCUGCCAGGGGGGGCUGCCCUGGUGGUUCGUGUUUGUUGGCUGGACCCUGGUGGUGGCGACCAGCGGCGUGUCGGGCUACUUCACCAUGAUGUACGGGCUGACCUACGGGAAGGACCGCUCCAUCAGCUGGCUCAUCUCCAUGGUGGUGUCCUUUGUGGAGAGUCUGUUCAUCACCCAACCAUUGAAGGUUCUUGGAUUUGCUGCCUUUUUUGCUCUGGUUCUGAAGAAAGUGGACCAGGAGGAAUACGGGGAACCUCAGGUGGAGGACACUCGGAGAACUUCAGAUGAUCCGGAUGCCGUUCGCACAGCCAGGAGGGACAGCAACUGUAGUUUCUACCAGCCUCCACCCCCCACCGACAUAGAGAGGAUGAAGAGCAACAUGAUCAAGGAGCAGAAAGUCUAUGCUCUCAUUAAGGAGAUCCUCGCUUACGCUGGAUUCAUGUGGAUGCUGCUGCUGGUGGCCUACGGUCAGAGGGAUCCAAACGCCUACUUUCUUUCCCGGCACAUCCAGCGGAGCUUCAGCCAGGGGAUCUCGGACACCAUGAGCAUCGGCGACGUGUUCGUCUGGGCAAACACCUCUCUGCUGAAAAAUAUUUUCGGAUCGCAUGCGGGAUUCAUCACAGAUGGAAACUCCAAGCUUGUGGGUAACGCCCGGCUCCGCCAGGUGAGGGUGCAGAACAACACUUGCCAGAUCGACAAGUCCAUGCGAUCGGGCGUGCCGGACUGCCAUGCCCCAUACUCAUGGGAUGUGGAGGAUAUGGGUUCCUAUGGUCCGUCCUGGAGCCCCUCCGGGAGCGAUAAUGCCUCGGAGGGCCUCAGCAGCCCCUGGAAGUACCAGUCCCAGGCUCGACUCAAGGCCCUGCCCCUCUGGGGGAGCGUGAGGCUGUACAGAGGAGGGGGUUUUGUGGUGGAUCUUGUGGCAUCCAUACAGAACUCUACCAGAACACUUGGUUAUCUAUUUGACAACACUUGGCUGGAUGUGUACACCCAAGCCCUGUUUGUAGAGUUCACCGUAUACAAUGCCAAUGUCAACCUCUUCUGUCUGGUUACACUCAUGCUAGAGACCACUGGCAUAGGAGCAUUCCAGUUCCGGAGUGAGCUACAAACCAUUCGUCUCUACCAAUCUGCCGGUGGUCUUCACAUCUUCGUCAUGGCUUCUGAAGCCAUCUACUUCCUUUUCAUCUUUUAUUACAUGGUUAUUCAGGGAAAGCUCAUAAAACAACACAGUUGGGCUUAUUUCAGGAACAAGUGGAAUCUGUUAGAGCUUGCUAUCAUUCUGCUCAGCUGGAGUGCUUUGUCUGUCUUCAUUAAGAGAACCCUUCUGGGGAACCGCGACAUGGCUUACUACCAGACACACAAAAACCAAUUUCCCAGUUUCCACGAGACUGCCACAGCCGAUGCAGUGCUUGGGUACCUGAUCGCCUUCCUAGUGUUGCUGGCUACGAUCAAACUGUGGCACCUAAUGAGACUCAACCCUAAACUGCACAUGAUCACAGCCACACUGCAGCGGGCCUGGACUGAUAUCUCCGGCUUCCUCGUGGUCAUCACCAUUAUGUUCCUCGCCUACUCCAUCGCGUCGAAUCUUCUGUACGGAUGGAAGAUGUACUCAUACCGCACUCUGCUUGAUUCGGCCUUGACCAUGGUCAGCCUUCAACUAGGAAUAUUCAACUAUGAUGAGGUUCUGAAUUAUAACCCGUUGCUUGGUGGAUUCCUGAUUGGCUCCUGCAUUGUCUUCAUGACUUUCGUGGUUCUGAACCUCUUCAUAUCCGUCAUCUUGGUGGCAUUCACUCAAGAGCAGAUCCAUCAUAAGCCGUCUGAAGAGGAGGAGAUAGUGGACCUGAUGCUCAUGAAGCUCUGCAGUUUGUUUGGAAUUAAGUUUAAGACUAAAGGCGGUCCGAGUCAGGACACAGUUGUCUCCUCUUCUUCAAAAAAUGGAGUCUCAAUGAUUUCCUCUAUUGUCUAAUGUAUUCCAACCUUUAGAGACUGUUUUGUAAUAAUAUAAUUCGUAUGUACUAACAUAUAUGUUAUGAGUAAUUAUGUCUAUUAAAAUUUGUAUUUAUCCACUUAUAUAAGGCUAUUAUUGUUGCUAUUGUAAUUGAUAUUCUGAGAAAUGAUUGUUGUUAUAUAUCAUUAUAGCAUUAUUAGCAUACUAUAGUCCUGUUUAUGUAUAUUUUCUUACAAAUAAAUUGAUGU